UUGUAUUAUUUUAACUUCGAUAGGCAGUUUGUUUGGACUUCAUUUGCCGAACUGCAGUAAUACGGAGUUUUUUGAAGUCAGUAGUUUUAAUUGCCGACCAUGUCCUUACAAUAGCUCUAUGAUUGCUUCAGUGGACGGUUUAUCUUGCACUUGUGAGAGUCACAGUGUAAUGACGAAUUCGGGGCAUUGCAAAGCAUGCAACGUGACAGAGGUUGUAUCCGCAGACGGGAAUAGUUGCGUGCCGCGGAGAUGUCAGGCCUCUGCGAAUAGGGUGGUCUGUAGGAAAUGUCCGAAAGAUUAUAUAGCAGUGUCCCAAAAUCAUGAUGGAACUCCGAUGAAAGAGGUUCAGUGUGUGAAGUGCGGUCGAGGAUACCGCCCCCUGGUGGACACCUGCGUCAAGUGCGACGGCUGCGACUGCAGAAAACAAGAGGUGCUUGUCCACGGCACAUGUCUGCCCAAGAAAUACGUCAUCGAACGACCUAAAUAUGAAGAGAAUCUAUUACACCCAAGUUACCUACUUGAUAUCGUGAAGUAUGAAUACUUGUGUGUUAUCUUCAACAUAUCAGCUUGUCGCUGGCUGGCUAACGCAUGUGUGAGCAAUUUUUACUCUUCCGAUCCUGCGGGAGCUUGCAGAUUAUGGAUACAUCCUCACUUAGUCAGCCAAACUAUUCUGCCAACACUGUCGACAAAUAAAUCAGAAUCACCUCUAAUAAAAAACGAAAUACAUCUAACUAAUGGGCAGAAUAAAAUAUUAAUUAGUGCAAUCAGAUAUAAAAAUGAUGGAACCUUUAAACGUCUUUUGGAUCCACGCAAAAGAAUUGUUCCUUGUCUUCCACCUUUCUCGAUAACAAUAGGUGAAGAUUACUCGCUGCAAUGUCCUAUCAAUACUUCAGAAGUAACUUUUUUAGAUGAUGAAUUACACGCAUUAUACGCCUCUGAUAAAAGUAGGAAACCUGUAUUUAUAUUAAUAAGAAAACCCAAUGGACAGUACGUGAAGAACGGCUUGUGGUAUUCAAAUAAGUUUUCUAAAUACUUCAUAUUCCGUCGAUCUCUGUCUGCGACAUCUAAUAUUACCGAUUUAAUAUAUUUGAGUGCCAUGCUGAUACAAAUCCGUAUCGAGAGAAGCCAGCGUAGCGCGGGGGCUUUAAAAUUAUAUUUGAAUGUGGAAGCUCAUUACGAUGUUAAAUCUCCUGCAUCUGGUACCUUUUUAACGUCUCUGAGAGUGACAAAUGAUUUACCAAGCGCUGGAGUUGUACGUGGAUUGGAGAUAUGGGGUAGUAUCCUCAGUAUUCUGAUGGCAGGCUACGCGUUGCUGCAGUGGCGCGGUGUGUUGCGACGUGGAGGUCUGAAAGUUUCUCUACUGCCAAUCAUAGCUGGAUGUAUCUCAGAUGCAAUCUAUUUUGCAACCUGGACUACAUUACUCCAUGCAUUGGCAGCGGAAGCUGGUACUCUUGGUCUGACUCUACCACUGUCACAAUACGAGGAGCAAGUGACGGCGGCUAUGAUUUAUACAAUCCUCACUUUGAAGGUUAUAAAAGUAGCGUACGUAAAUUGGAUAUUGUCACGUUAUGAUAUAUUUUUUAUCGACUGGUCUGAAUACAAUCCUUGUUUUAAAGAUACAUUUCUAUAUGAAACAAAUGGGAGGAAACAUGGGAUUUUAGCAAGAGAAUGGAUUGAAAUGCAAACAAAAAGGAGAACGUCCCCUGAACUAAAUGUUAUAUUAACACUUGUGAAUUUACAUUUAAUGAAGCCAUGGCAAUCGAUUCUACCCAAAAGUGGAGGAUAUAAAUGGGCCAUUGCUACUAUUGCCUGGUGGUCUUCUUAUAUAGUGGUUUUCUUGGUACAAAUUAUUGUGGAGAAGCUACGUGGAUCUCCCCCAAAUAAGCUUCAAAAGACUUGCACUGGUCUAGAAAUUUCCAUGUUGGUAUUUCAAGAAGAAUUAUACGCUCAUUAUGUGCAUGGACGCAAUGACGAAUCUUCCGAUACGAAAUAUUUGUCGGGACCAUUAACGACAUGUCGGAUAUCGUGUGCACCGCAAUUUAGGGCCAUCUGUAAGCAACUCCUUGUUACCGAGGAAAGGUCUUUAGAAAAAUGUGAAAGUAAACAAAUUCUGUUAUCAAAAUUCUUAGGAGCUUUCUUUGAAAGAGCAUUAGAUGGCCUCAGCUGGGUGGCUAGUGAAAGAACAGUUCUCGAAAAACUUUUAGAUUUGGAAAUUGUAACUAGAGAAGGUGGCAACACCAGUACAUUACUCUAUGACAGUGACAAUUUAACGCCAUCUUGUUUUGCUAUAACUUGGUGGGGUAACGAAUGGACGCUGGCAACAUUCGAUUCCAUAGUAUUUACUAGUGUACUAUUUUCUACCAAGGAACCUUUAUAUGCAGCUUUCGUUACUAUAACAGUAUGGCAGAUAAUGAAACAAACGAUCACAUGGCUAGCUAAUAAGAAUGUAAAAGAGAAAACCAAUAUAAAAAGUCUCUGAAUCAUAGAUAAAAAAUAUUUAGACUAUGUCUACAAUAAGAAAAAUAUUUCUUUAUUGUUACUUGUGUGAAUUCUUGCUUACAAUACACAGAAGUACAAAUAUAACACAAAGUGGAUACACAAAUUGCAAGAAAUGUAUUUUAAAAUGUUACCCAUUUCAUAUAAUUAAAGAUAUCAACAAUUUAAAAAUCCAAAGGACAAGCGACAAUAAAUACGUGCGUAGAAAUCACAAUAAAGUAUUGAGUAAAUAUUUUGUAAGCGAUCAUGAUUUAUAUAAGAAAUAUCUUAAUUUAUUUCUUAAUCAAAGCAAGGAACAUGACAAAGAUAUGUCUGAGGAUAUUGCAUCAGAAUUAUCUACGACAUUACCAACCAUUUCUCAAAAGGGUCCUUUUUAUGAUUUCAUAGUAAAUCUGUGUAAAAUCAUAAUAAAUGAUAUGCCAUUAUCGAGGAUUCAUAAAAUAUUAUCAAUGCUAAAGGUCAAUUUCAGACACCUAUGGUAUGAUGUACCUUUUCAACGUGCAUUGAGAAUUUUCUCGAAAACAAUCGAUAGAAUGGAUAUAUUAAAAAGUGUAGCACUUAAACAGAAAGUUCGAGAAUUUUUAUCAUUUUUCAGAAACAAUAAACCAAGAAA